CACCAAUUCCUGACCGUUGAUUUGUUGCAGAUGGGUAAAAACGGACGGCUCAGAUGGAACCCUUUCAGCCACAGAUCGUCUUCUUCCUCCUCUUCAUCGUCAAGACAACAACAACAACAACAACAAGAACCUCCGGUCGAAUUCCUCUGUCCGAUUUCAAAAUCAGUAAUGUCUGACCCUGUUGUUGUAUCUUCCGGUCAAACCUUCGAACGUGUCUGUGUUCAAGUCUGUCGCGACCUAAACUUUAUCCCCAAACUCAACAACGACGACGACGAUUCUCAACCCGAUUUCUCCAACAUCAUCCCUAACCUAAACAUGAAAUCAACAAUCGAUACUUGGUGCGACACCGUUGGCGUCUCACGUCCUCAGCCACCUGAUUACUCCACCGUCGAGAGAACUUUACGGCAACAGAUGCCUCCACCGGACGUUGAGAUUCGUGUCUCCGAGCAAGAGCUUCUCAGUGCUGUAGCUCACCGAGCUCCGAUGAUUAUUCACCACGCUGAUUCUGAACUCAUGGGAAGGAGAGAUUUCAACAACUCCACGACCUCUUCUGAUGAAUCUGUAAUCGUUGCUCAGAGUCCUUUCACUCCUCUUCCUUUAACAACACGACCCGCUUGCUUCUCUCCAUCUCCAUCAUCUUCUUCCUCCGAAAUCGAAACCCUAACGCACCACAAUUUCUUCUCUAGUUCAACUUCCACCGCCACAGAAGCGGACGAAGAGAUUUACAACAAGCUUAAGAGCAGUGAGAUUUUUGAUCAAGAGCAAGGUUUGAUUAUGAUGAGGAAGAUGACUCGUACUAAAGAUGAAGCUAGGGUUUCGCUUUGUUCUCCUCGGAUUCUUUCUUUGUUGAAGAACAUGAUUGUUUCGAGAUACAGUUUAGUGCAGACGAAUUCGUUAGCUUCGCUUGUGAAUCUAUCUUUGGAUAAGCAGAAUAAAUUGACGAUUGUUCGGUUAGGAUUUGUUCCGAUUUUGAUCGAUGUUUUGAAAUCGGGAUCUAGAGAAGCUCAAGAACACGCAGCUGGAUCAAUUUUUAGUCUUUCUCUUGAAGAUGAUAAUAAAAUGCCGAUUGGUGUUUUAGGAGCGCUUCAGCCAUUGCUUCACGCUUUACGAGCAGCUGAGAGUGAUCGGACGCGGCAUGAUUCGGCUCUUGCGCUUUACCAUUUGUCGUUGAAUCAGACGAAUCGGUCGAAGCUCGUUAGGCUUGGAGCAGUUCCAGCGCUUUUCUCGAUGGUUAGAUCAGGUGAAUCGGCGAGUAGAGCAUUGUUGGUGAUCUGUAAUUUAGCGUGUUGUAGCGAAGGACGAUCAGCAAUGCUUGAUGCGAAUGCGGUUGCGAUUCUUGUAGGGAAGUUAAGGGAGGAGAGGACGGAUGAGCCGACGGAGGCUCGUUCGUCGUCUUCCGCACGUGAGAAUUGUGUGGCGGCGUUGUUCGCGUUGAGCCAUGAGAGUCUUCGAUUUAAGGGUCUAGCAAAGGAGGCAAGAGCAGUGGAAGUAUUGAAGGAAGUGGAAGAGAGAGGAACAGAGAGAGCUAGAGAGAAAGCCAAGAAGAUUCUUCAGUUGAUGAGAGAAAGAGUGCCGGAGGAUGAUGAAGAAGACGGUGAAGGAUCAAUUGAUUGGGACCGAGUUAUCGACUCAAACGGCUCCAUUCGGUCCAGAUUCCGAGUUGGUGGUGGUAGAAACAGAAUGGUCACUCAAAACUCCUCUGGCUUCUAAGUCCCAUUCCAUUUGUUGUUGUAUAGACAUCGAAAACGUUUUGUGAUUGAAUUUUUUUGUAUCUUGACUUGAAAUAUUUGAGAAAAAAAAAAGACCAUGACUGAUG